CAAAUGAAAGUGUCGGGCAGAAAAAGUGUCAGGCAGACGAAAGUAUUGGGCAGACGAAAGUAUCAGGCAAACAAAAGUGUCAGACAAAUGAAAUUGUCGGGCAAACGAAAUUGUUGGGCAAACGAAAUUGUCAGGCAAAUGAAAGUGUCGGGCAAAUAAAAGUGUUGGGCAAACGAAAGUGUUGGGCAAAUGAAAGUACAAAUGAAAGUGUCAGGCAAACAAAAGUGUCAGGCAAACAAAGUGUCAGGCAAACGAAAUUGUCGGGCAAACGAAAUUGUCAGGCAAAUGAAAGUGUCAGGCAGACGAUUGCAGAUGAAAGUGUUGGGCAGACGAUUGGCAGGAAGAUGAUUGUCGGGCAAAUGAAAACAAAUGGUUGUCGAGAAAAUCAUUAUUGGGCAAAUGAUU